AAACAACACAAAAUGGAAGACUUCGAACACUCCAUCAGCUCGUUCAAAUCAACCUACGACUCUCUAAUGUACGAAUUCGCCCAAGACUCCGUUCUCGAAAUCAACACUAAAAUUCGUAAGACAAUCCCCCAAAAACUGGCUUCUCUUCGUCGUGCCAAAGAGCACCAGAAUGAAGAACUCCUCUUUCAAAUCACAAAGAGCACAGAAGUCUUACUCCAAGAAUACACUAAGAACUGAAUAUAAGAAUUCAGAAAGGAGAAAAUAAAUUAAAAGCUAUUAUUGAGAAAAUGAAUAAAAAUAUACCAUUUAAACAAUUAACAAAACCCACAGAACCCGCUCUAACCCUCAGCCUCAACUACAACAUGACUCUAAAACUAAUGGCCAAAUACACCAACCUCUGCCUAUCCUUCACCCAGCCCCUCCACUCCCACUGCCAAAUCUACAGUAAUGACUACGACCUGUACGAGACUUUAUCAAAACUUUACUAAGAAGUUCAAUGGGUG